AUGCGCGGGCGUCUUGGUCCAAGCAACUGCGGUCAACAACUACAAAGCACCCCCGCCGCCUGUCGUAAUCCGAACGUGUGCGAUGAUAUCGAUAUUUGCGUUACUGACCUGUCAAGCACAAUACUCAUGUGUCUGUGUAGGUUUGUCUUUAGAUCUCUCCUCGUGUAUUGGUACUGGGCGGGCGGGGGCGUAGAGGGAGGGCCUCCGGGUGGGGCCCUCUUCCCUAUCAGCACCCGCAACUCCGCCAUCAAAGUUUGCACCAUGCGGACACGACUUAUCACCACCGCGAUACGCACACUAGUGUUAGAGAUCCCUCAAUCAAUCGUCUUGCCAAGAAGCAUUGGCGCGGCAGUUGCAUUGCAACCUGACGUCACCGAUGUUGCACGUGAUGGA